CGAAUACCGGAGCGCCCGCCUGAGCCGACAGCACAUUCUCCAGUCUUUCGGCGAGGGCUGCUCCCUCCAAGCGCUGUGGGCACGGCGUCCCACCCCCGUCGUCCUGGAUGUGGUGUCGCCGCUCAUGCACAUCUUGAACCCGAGCCUGCGGCCCGUGAAUCCCGACCUGUAUUCUUUCGCAGAAAAGGCGGGUCUUCGGCACCUGGUGGACGUGUUGCUGGCCUGUGGGAUCUCCUACGUCCAGAGCCCUGG